ACAAUACGAGGUACUCGAACAGGUUCAAUUACCUCCAAUGGGAGCAAGCAGUCCUUUUCGAUUUAGUGUUUUUGUUCUAUAUACAUUGCUAUUAUAUACCUAGUAAAUGAGAGAUAUAUUGAAAAAGUUAUCCCAUUCUUUUAUAAAAAAAAUUGGUAAACGUUAUCUUUACUUAUGUUAUUGUUAUAGGUACUUGUUUUCUUCCGAAUGUUGUUAGAAACGUUGUUUGUGCGGUUUUCUUGACUGGUUAUCAAUUUCUAUUUUAUUUAUUCUUGAUAGGUCACUAUCAUGUCACUAUAAAAGCGACUUACAAUCUAACAAUAAGCAUUAAUUUCCAUCAAACGCUCAAAGUAGAACACAAUUACAUUAUUUUGUUUUAAAAAUUAUUUAGCAAAAUGUCAACACCAUUGAAAAAAAUUGCUGUGGUAACUGGUAGUAAUAAAGGUAUAGGUUACGCCAUUGUAAAAGGUUUAUGUGAGAAAUAUGAUGGUUUGGUAUAUUUAACAGCUAGAGAUGUUGGUAGAGGCGAGGCUGCAGUUAAAAAACUGAAUGAACUCGGUUUUAAACCGUUGUUUCACCAGUUGGAUAUUACAAGUAAAGAAAGCAUAAAAAAAUUAAGGGAUGACAUUGUUCGAGAACAUGGUGGUAUUGACUUAUUAAUCAAUAAUGCAGCAAUUGCUUACAAGACAGAUGCCACAGAACCUUUUGGAGAACAAGCAGAAAAUACUAUCAAAGUAAAUUACUUUGCUACAUUAGAGGUUUGCAAUGUUUUAUUCCCCAUCUUACGUCAAAAUGCCAGAGUUAUUAACUUAUCAAGCUCUGCUGGACGACUUUCACGAAUUCCAUCUUCUGAUAUUCGAGACAAAUUCAAAGAUUCAAAAUUAACAGUACCUAAACUUAAUGAGUUAAUGCAGGAAUUCGUUAGAUUGGCUAAGGAAGGAGCUGACAUUUCUAACACAUGGGGCAAUUCUACUUAUGUAGUCUCUAAGGUGGGCCUUUCUGCUUUAACAUUUAUACAACAGCGAGAGUUUGAUGCAGAAACACCUUCAAGAAAUAUUUUUGUUAAUUGCUGCCACCCUGGGCGUGUUAAUACAGACCUGACGAGACAUGAUGGUCCUCUGACUAUUGAGGAAGGGGCCCGGUCAUCAUUAUACCUCGCUCUUGAAAAUCACGGCCUCAAGGGAAAAUUUGUUUGGGAAGAUUGUAGCCUCAUUGAGUGGACAACGGCCUAAGUUACCACGUUCUUGGUUUUAACUGCUCAUUAUUUUGCAUUUUUGUAUCACUGAAUACUAAAUACCAACUAAUGUAUGUGAAAGCAAUAUUAUAUCGUUAAUAAACAUAGUUUGUUACUAAAAAAGUAAAAAUAUAAAACACA